AUGCCAAGCAACGUUCACGCCCCCAAGCAGCAAGAUGCCUCCGAUUCUGCUGUUACCGCCAUGUUCCCAUAUCAUGAGCGCGAGUACGGGGCCUGCCCUGGUAUCUGGUUGUCCAGCCUUCUGCGAAUCACGUCCCCCAAGGAUAUAUUCGUUCAUUUUGCCACUUCUCUUGUCUUCGACAUCAAAUUGUUGUUCCCUUACCCGAGCUUGGCAACGGCCAUCUUCUGUUUAAAACCUGAACAACAGUUCCUGGGUCUUCAAAGAAACUGGCCUCUCGACUCAGCAGCAGCAAGCCACAAUAUUCUAGGAGCUGACCUUAAUUCUCUUGUCAGCGGCUCAGAGGCCAGUAUGACUCCUCCCAGCGAGACAAGAUCACUAGCUUCUAGCCCGCCACGCCUAUCCAUGACACCUGAGCAACAGGAGAUGAGGAGGCACAGAGAAAGAGUGCGACGAGAGUCCAAGUUGACGUCGAGGAUGAGACGCACCGACAGUGCCUCAUACACCACCUCUCCGUCGCCGAUGGCCAUGAGCGAUGUCUCUAAUGCAAUCCCUCUGCCGAUUUACUCCACGGCACCUCCCGUCUCCCUCCUCGCAGAACCUUCACAGGCUCUACACAACCAGCCGUAUCUGUCUUCGUAUAACCAGGCUCUACAAGAUGCUUCGCAUACUUCUCAGAUGUUCAACUCUUCUCCUUAUCAACAGUCGAUACCAUCAACAUACAGCAUGCCAAUGGAUUACCCGGGUAUUUAUUCUGCACAGGCAGACUUCAGGACACCAGCCUCUUGUACUCUAUGCCAACGGUUCAACCAAUUUCUCAUGCAAAUUACAACCAGGAAGGCAGCCAUGUCAGAGUUGUUCAGAGCCGACCGAAACCUCGAUGCUGGGAGCAUGGGUGCAAUGGCAGACAGUUCUCCACCUUUAGCAAUCUUCUUCGACAUCAGCGGGAGAAAUCAGGCCAAGCAGCCAAAGCUACAUGCCCAAAUUGCGGCGCUGAGUUUACUCGAACAACCGCCAGAAAUGGACACUUGCUGCACGACAAGUGUAAGCAGAGAAGAGGCAACAACAGCAGCAACUGAAAUAGCAACAUUGCAUGCGGUUCCGAUUCACGACUGGUUCUACCGGACAGAAACGCAUAUUCCAUCCAGCUGUGGCCACAACGCGAUCCUGGUACGGGAUGUCUCGGACUGUGCCUAUGGACUUUGA